UCCAUAUCUAUCCAUAUCUAUCCAUACAUGUCCAUGGAAUGUUUAGUUCACUUAUGCUCAUCACUCCAUACACAUAAUCGGCCUAAUCACAUCCCGUUGGACAGAUUUAUGUAGGAAGGUAUUUCGAGUUGAUUUUCUUUUAAAAGUCCUAGGUCGCGUAAAGUUUGUACUUGCAUGGAUCUAAUACAUGUGUGUAUUGCGCAUGUCGUAUGUAGGGAAUGUACCUAGACAGACGGGACAGGUACCUCCUACCUACCUAAAUGUACGAACAAUUCGAGUACGCUAGAAACGCUAGACGACGUUAUUGCGGGCGGCGGAAAGAAGCUACCCACCUUACCUUCCCAUCCUACUCAUAGAGCCCCACCAUGAUGGACAUAAGUCAGUUCUCCCACAAGUUUUGACAGAUAGAGAUCUUUUAGAACCUUUUCACCAAAGCCUGGUUCAUCAUAUCAUCAUCAUUUUUUCUUCCUUUUGAUUUAUUUUUAAUUUUUCUUCUUCUUCCCCCCUCUGAACCCCUUUGUUAUCUAAAACUUCACAUAUCUCUUGGGGGCCGUCCCUCGGCCCAGAUUUCUGAAACUUCAAUCUUUGUACUGUAACAUUUUUAAUUCUAUCUUCUAUCUGGCAUUCGGUAUUCGAUUGCCAUGACAACCCCGAUCGACAUUGAUGACCAACGCCAACCGGAGCAGCCGCAAGGCAGCUCCAACGAUAUACCCGAUCGUACCGAUGGCGCCAUAAAGCCUUCAGAGCGUGCGACUUCUGUACGCUUCUCCUCCAUUGUCGACGAGAUCGAACCCCCAGUUGCCUCCUUUGGUAGCCCGGAGUCCCGGAAAGAUAGCUCUACCAACCCCGACUUAAUACGGGCUCUAACCAAUUCCAUCCAAGGCGCUCAACUUCAGGAGCAGCGGUUGCAGAAUUAUGCGUUUGAUCCGGUUUCGCUCCCGCCUUCUCGGGUGGCGUCUAACGAGACUACGCCCGGCGCAACACCACAACAUAGCCAUAGCCCCAUGGGCCAUCCGUCGCCCCGAUUAAGCCCUAAAGCCCCUGAAUUAGUAUCGCCGCCUUUGACACCAGCUGGGACGUCGGCAGCAGAUUCCGUCACGAAAAGCGCCAAGUCGGUUCGAAUUGCAAGUUCUGAUGGAGGAUUUGACUCACAGGCGAUAACACCACAAGCUUCAGGGCAAGAUUCAAGACCAGUUUCUCCUCGAGUUAACCUUCCGCAUCGACCCGCAUCUACCGACAACAUAUCACAACGGUCGACGGCAGUGGACGAUCACGAUAGUGCUGUUCGUUCGCAUCGGAAAGGGAUUUUCAGUAUCGGACCUGGGGGUCAAUCCGUACCCGUGUCUAGAGAAUCUAGUCCGUCGAGAAAUGCCGCUUCUCAGUACUAUUCACGACCUUUCACUCCCCAUGGAGACGUAAAUGACCCCUACGCUGCAAGCAAACGACCUGUACAAAGUAAACCUGGUAGCAACAUUGACCAAAGAUUUGUGUUUUCCAGGAAAAAGAAGAGCUCACCCUCAUCUUCGUCUACAAAUCUAUCGUCAAAGGCCGAGAAGGAUGAAAAGCGACGCUCUGGGCUCUUUGCGAAUAGGAACAAGUCCGGCGAUCUACACCCGACGGGCACUGGGUCUACAACGCAUAGUGCUCACGGAUCUAUGUCCGACUUGAAGAGGUUUUUUAAAGUUGGAGUUAGCCAUAAGCCGAAGAAAUCGGUGUCGCCUUCUCCGCUAGGAUCUAAAGCUCAUCAGGUCCCGUUUGCUGAUGAUCAUGGCCUUACGUCAAAAUAUGGGAAGCUUGGUCGUGUUCUUGGAUCUGGCGCCGGAGGCUCAGUCAAGCUUAUGAAGAGGACCGAGGAUAACACCGUGUUUGCGGUAAAAGAGUUCCGCCCUCGUCAUUCAUAUGAGACGGAAAAAGAAUAUGUGAAGAAAUUGACGGCCGAAUUUUGUAUUGGAUCCGCUUUACACCACGGUAACGUCAUCGAAACGCUAGACAUUGUUCAGGAGAAGGGGAAGUGGUAUGAGGUGAUGGAAUACGCCCCAUUCGACCUUUUCGCUAUAGUUAUGACCGGAAAGAUGUCGAAGCCCGAAAUUACGUGUUGCUUCUUGCAGAUUCUAAGUGGUGUGACCUACCUCCACAGUUCCGGCCUCGCUCAUCGGGAUCUGAAACUCGAUAACGUUGUCGUUAGUCAGCAUGGGAUUAUGAAGAUCAUUGACUUCGGCAGUGCGCAUGUUUUUAGGUAUCCUUUCGAGACCGAAAUUGUGCUUGCUUCUGGUGUGGUUGGGUCCGACCCCUACCUUGCUCCAGAAGUGUACGAUGAACGCAAAUACGACCCUCAAGCAGUGGAUAUUUGGUCUCUUGCCAUUAUUUUUUGUUGCAUGUCGCUUCGGCGAUUUCCUUGGAAGGUCCCUCGCUUGUCAGAUAACUCGUAUAAGCUUUUUGCCGCGGAACCGUCUCCCGGUCACGAUCCCAAGAAAUUAGUGCUUCCCUCUAGGUCAACUAACGACCUCUCGAAUAUCCCACAGCGCGAUAUUUUUACUGAGGGUGAGGCGAAACAACAGAGACCUAAGAGCACCGAUUCACCUACCAACGGGGGUACCGAUGGCAAUACACAAGACAAAAAAGAGAUCAUUAGGGGACCUUGGCGUCUGUUGCGAUUACUUCCUAGGGAAAGUAGACACAUUAUUGGGAGGAUGUUGACGAUUGACCCGAAAAAGAGGGCUCAAAUGCCCGAGAUCCUCGAUGAGCCUUGGGUUUCAGAUACGAUCAUCUGCAGGCAAGUCAGCCAUGGUCAAGUGAUCCAUGCGGAGGACCAUACACACGUUCUCGAGCCUCCAGCACCACCUAGCAAGUAGGUUGGCAAAAAGGUGGUAAAGAAAGGAUUGCAUAAGGUAUUUGGACAUUGGUUGGGAAAGGAACGAUCUUCCUAGGCGUUUACGGAGUUACAUCCAUAUCACUUAGUGGCAUUAUUAUCAACACACAGCGGAAGGGGGGUCAAAGCGGAUGGGUGCAAACCGUACAGGUUCAUAGCGAUAUAGACUAACUAGAGUACAUGCGAUUGUGUAUAGAUGGAUCCAGGUAGACAUCUUCCCCCAUUUUUCUCUCUUAUUUUCAUGGCUGUACCGUUUGUACUCGGUGGUCAGUCUAUUUAAUGAUGUAUUUCGAUUCUAUGCAGUUAUACAUACACUACGCAUUACUAAUAACAUGUACCUAAUCGAUGUAAUUUACUUAGGAGGAGGGGGAGUCCGACAGCUCCGGUUGGGCGGGGGCUAGAGACACAGCUAACCCCGGCAAUCGGAAAAACCCUGGAAUAAAAAAAAGUUCGGGUCUAUGAGCCCACUUGAAU